UGUGGUGAAGCGCCGUUCUAAUUUGAUGGGGGAUGGGAAGGCAGCGUUGCCAGAUUGGGCCGCAUUUCCCACCCAAUCUGGCAACCCUGGCGGAAGUGCGCCUCUCAUAUCCGCACGCCUCCCACGACUCUUAAAACGAAGAGCGGACGAAACUAGUGUCUGUCUUAACUCAUAAACAAAGGUCAAAAUGAGCAAAGCGCACCCACCAGAGCUGAAGAAGUUCAUGGACAAGAAGCUUUCAUUGAAGAUGAACGGAGGCAGACAUGUCCAAGGCAUCCUGCGCGGGUUCGACCCCUUCAUGAACCUGGUGAUGGAUGACUGCCUGGAGAUGGGUCCAGGGGGCCUGCAGAACGGCAUCGGCAUGGUGGUGAUCAGAGGAAACAGUAUCAUUAUGGUGGAGGCGUUGGAGCGAGUAUGAGAACACCGGGAGAAGAGAACCAUUCCCCUCAUCCCAAUUAUUUUUUUUUUUG